UUUCACCCCAUCCACGCGCCAUUGUGCAAUUGACUCGCCGCACCACACGCCGCGCUCCACCAUGUCCUUCAACGACGUUGAAUCCGAAGUGGGCUUGAAGAAGCUGAACGGCUUCUUGACCGCCAAGUCGUACAUCGAAGGCUUCCAGUUCUCGGCUGCCGAUAGCGCCCUCUUUGCCAAGUUCAACGCAGUCCCCGACGCCGCCAAGGUCCCGAACGUUUACCGUUGGUACAUUCACAUCGCGUCCAAGUUGGGCCUCCGUGUCGCUCUUGCCGCCCGCACCCCCAGCGCUGCCAAGCCUUCCACCCCGAAGGCUGCUGCGAAGCCCUCCACCCCAAAGGCGUCGACCCCCAAGGGCAAGAAGCCUGCUGCCGACGACGAUGACGACGAUCUCUUUGGUGACGACGACGAUGACGAAGAAGCUGAAGCUGCCGCGAAGGAAGCCGCCAAGAAGCGUGCUGAAGCGGCCAAGGCCGGCAAGAAGGAAAAGGCCAAGCCCGUCGAACGAUCGCAAGUUGUUCUCGAGGUCAAGCCUUGGGAAGCCGAAACCGACUUGGUGGAAUUGGCCGGCAAGAUCAAGGCCCUUGAAAUUAACGGGUUGAACUGGGGCGAAGGCCACAAGUUGGUUCCUGUCGCGUUCGGCAUCAAGAAGUUGCUCAUUCAGUGCAUCAUCGUGGACGACCUCGUGUUGUUGGACGACAUCACGGAAGCCAUUGAAGCGUUCGAAGACUACGUGCAAAGUGUAGAUGUCGCGUCCAUGAACAAGGUCUAAGCAUCUUUGGACCAACUCCGCGAUCGUGGGGGCGUAGUAAGUAGUUUCGACCACACCCGAAUAAAAUUUAUGAUGUCGUUGGCA